UUGAUUUAAAUAAAAGAUGGACUGGACUGGAAAACAUAACGGGCCAAACGAUACAACUAAUGAUGGAACAGUGGUACGACUUCGAGGCCUGCCGUUUGGUUGCAGCAAAGAAGAAAUUGUUCAGUUUUUCCAAGGGUUGGAAAUCGUGCCAAAUGGGAUAACAUUGACGCUGGACUACCAGGGGAGAAGCACAGGGGAGGCCUUCGUGCAGUUUGCUUCAAAGGAGAUAGCAGAAAAUGCUCUGGGGAAACACAAGGAAAGAAUAGGGCACAGAUACAUUGAAAUCUUCAAAAGUAGUAAGAGCGAAAUCAGAGGAUUCUGUGACAUGCCAAGAAGAAUGAUGGGACAACAACGACCUGGACCAUAUGAUAGACCAUUAGGAGGAAGAGGGGGUUAUUAUGGAGCUGGGCGUGGAAGUAUGUAUGACAGAAUGCGUCGAGGAGGUGGUGGAUAUGACGGUGGAUACGGUGGCUUUGAUGAUUAUGGUGGCUAUAAUAACUAUGGCUAUGGAAAUGAUGGCUAUGAUGACAGAAUGAGGGAUGGGAGAGGCAUGGGAGGACAUGGCUAUGGCGGAGCUGCAGAUGCAGGGUCAGGUUUCCAUGGUGGCGGUCACUUUGUCCACAUGAGAGGACUGCCUUUCCGAGCAACAGAAAAUGACAUUGCUAAUUUUUUCUCCCCAUUGAACCCUAUAAGGGUGCACAUUGAUAUUGGGGCAGAUGGAAGAGCCACAGGAGAGGCAGAUGUGGAAUUUGUAACACAUGAGGAUGCAGUAGCUGCCAUGUCCAAGGAUAAAAAUCACAUGCAGCAUCGGUAUAUUGAACUGUUCCUGAAUUCAACUGCUGGAGGUGGUUCUGGAAUGGGAGGCUAUGGCAGAGAUGGAAUGGAUCAAGGUUACGGCUCUGUUGGUAGAAUGGGAAUGGGUAGCAAUUACAGCGGCGGAUACGGGACUCCUGAUGGCUUGGGCGGAUAUAGUCGUGGCAGUGGAAAUAGUGGAGGGUACUAUGGGCAAGGCAGUAUGGGUGGAGGAGGAUGGCGUGGAAUGUAUUGAAGGAUAGCCUUGCUUCUACAAAACAUCCUGGAAGAAACACGCUCUGGUCUACUAGACUUUCUUACAAAAUUUAAUUUCUUUUGUAUUUUAAGAACUUUAUAAUGACUGAAGGAAUGUGUUUUCACAAUAUUAUUUGGUAAGCAACAGAUUGUGAUGGGAAAAUCUGUUUUCUGUAGGUUUUAUUUGUUGCAUACUCUGACUUUAAAUAAAUUUUUAUAUUCAAACCA